CCGCAGCGGGGCCGGACGCGGCUGCCGCCGGAGCCGAGUCGAGCCUCCUCCCUGCCGGGAUUGCCACAUCGGCACCGCCGCUCCGAGAAGGCGCUUUCCGGAGCGGAUCGGGAGCUCAGCGCGCGGGGAGAUGGAGCCCCGGUGCUGCCGCCGCCGCCGCUGCCGCCGCCCCCCGGGACCCGCGCUCCGCCAGGGCCGCCGCUGCCACUGCCGGGACGGAGAGAGCGGCCCCGUCGCCGUCUAACGCCGCAGCCCCGGCGGCGCGGCCGAGGCGGGAGGCGGCGCGGAGGCCGCCGCGGCCCCUCCGCCCGCCGGGCGGCGGCGAAGCGCGGCCCCCUCCUCCCCGCCCUCCCCGCCGCCGCUUCCCCGCCCCCGCCCGGCCCUCGGCCGGGCUCGGCAGCCGGGCCAUGGCAGGGCGAUGAGGGAGCGGCCGCCCCUGCCCGCAGGCUGCGUGGGGAAGCGGGGAGCGAAGGGGCCGCGCGGCUCGGCAGCGCUGGAGCCGCGCGGCGGCGCGGGGGGAUGCGGGGCGCGGGGGCCGCGGCGCUGCAGCUCCUCUCCCGGGCCGUGAAGCAGGCGGCGGCGCAGGGCGCCCGGCAGGACCUGGGCCGCUGGCUGUCCCGAGCCGGCAGCGGCGGGGACACCGUCGGCUUCGUCCCCGCGGAGGCGGCGGGGGCCGGCGGGCUGCUGCUCGGGCCCUACGCGGAGCAGGACGGGCUGCCGCCGGCCGAGCUGCUGCUCUGCCAGCUGCCCGAGGCGGGCGGCGGCGGGCACGGGCUGGCCGAGGGCCGGGGCUGGCGCUGCUCCUGCUGCCUCUUGGGCACCUGCUGGUGCAAGAGCUGCCUCAUCGUGUGCGUCCUGGCCGCCCUCUGCUUCGCCUCGCUGGCCCUGGUGCGCCAGUACCUGCGGGACCUGCUGCUCUGGGCCGAGAGCCUGGACAGCCUGGCCGGCGUGCUGCUCUUCACCGUGGGCUUCAUCGUCGUGUCAUUCCCCUGCGGCUGGGGCUACAUCCUGCUCAACGUGGCCGCCGGUUACCUCUACGGCUUCAUGAUGGGCAUGGGGCUCAUGGUGCUCGGCGUCCUCGUCGGCACCUUUGUCGCCCACGUGGCCUGCAAGCGGCUGCUGGCCCGCUGGGCACGGACCAGGAUCCAGGGCAGCGGGACGCUCAGUGCCAUCGUCCGCGUCGUGGAGGGCGGCAGUGGCCUCAAGGUGGUGGCUCUGGCGCGGCUCACGCCGAUCCCCUUCGGGUUGCAGAAUGCCGUCUUCGCGAUUACAGAUUUGUCACUACCCAACUACCUGAUGGCUUCUUCAAUUGGGCUGCUUCCUACUCAGCUCCUGAACUCAUACUUGGGCACUACCUUGCGCACCAUGGAGGAUGUGAUUGCAGAGCAAAGUGUUAGUGGCUAUUUUAUAUUUGGUUUCCAGAUUGUCAUAAGCAUAGGACUCAUGUUUUAUGUUGUUCACCGAGCUCAAGUGGAACUGAAUGCAGCUAUUGUAGCGUGUGAAAUGGAAAUGAAGACAUCGCUUGUUAAAGACAGUCAGCCAAGCCUCACUGGUUCAACCACAUACUGCAGCAAAAGGACAGUAGCAUUCGCUGGAGGAGGUGUCAAUAUUGUGUGAUUUCAAGUAUUAAUAAUUAAGUAAGGUUUUGUGAACCUGAGCUAUCACCUAGAAAUAUCUAUGGACAAUUGAAAUAGAUUUUUUUUAAAAAAUUGCAAGUGAUUACAGGUUGUACUGUGGCACAAAUCAACUGACCAGCUUUUCAAUUGCGCAGGGGUGACUUCUAGCAAGAAAAGGAAGAUGGCAAAGUAACUUAAGAUGUAAAUGCAAAUUUGGCUGCACCUUUGGUCAUUUAUUAUGCCUGUCAUGGCCUGUAGCCUGCACUUUAGUUUUUUUUCCUUUGCUCCUAUAAACUGAGAAAUGCUUCUAUAAACUGAGAAAAGUAGCACAGAGGUAAAUAUUUUUCUGCUUAGCAUUAUUUAUAAGGCUGAAUAACUAUAUGCAGUAGAAUUUGAUUACUGAUAAAGAUGAAUGAGAAGGUGUGCAAUUCAGUGUGUUAUUCUUGAAUGUGCUUUUGAUUUGGACUUGCUUCCAGAAGUUGGAGUGUAUUAUUUAGCUAAUGAUGGGACCAUUUGGCUUUUUCUUCAUUUUGAUUUAAAAAAAUAGAAUCCUAUAUAAAGUUUUGGUUGAAUGUAUUUUUCUAAGGCAUUACAAAUGUUGCAGAGCCAUUAUGUAUUCACACAAGCUUAAAUCCUACAUUGUGGGACUGAAGUGCUCUUAAAUUACAUUUUAAGUUACACUGUGUAAUAUGCAAAGUACAAGGGUAAAUGCAGAAGUUAGAUUGCAGAGACUAUUUGAAGGAGACUUCAUUGGUUUUGCCACCUUGGUGAUUGUAACAAAGGGCUGUUCCACGUUAGUCCUAUUUAUAGUAUUUUUAAUUGCUAAAAGGAUGGAGUUUUUCAGCUCACAUGACUACAGGUAGUAAGAUUUCCAGAACAGGGAGCUAAAUCUCUCCUUUAAACAGAAUGAUGGGAUACUGGCAGUACUAAUUUUACAAGAAGGUGGCCUUUAUUUUGUAAGUGAAUCUCCCCUCCCUUUAAAAAGCUUUAAAAAUUCGCUUUGGUUGGCACAUUUUUUGUACAAGUUUUACAUUUUUUAAAAGACGCAAUCUAUUACAAAUUUCAUCAGAGUGAAGAAAUGAAAACUAGAGAUUCUCCUUGGAAAAUAAAUAAUCCAGUAAUGGAGGAGGACAGCAAUGUCUCUGAGACUCAGGAAUUCUGACUCCAUUUUUGCAAGACAACACUGUAUUGGAUACUGCUCCUUUUACACGUGCUGUGGACUGUUUUUCACUGAGUUUGAAUAGACUGGAUAACCUGAUAGUAACUUGUGUGUGUAUAAAAGGAAAACAACAAUAAUGGCUGAACACGAUGUUCUGUAUGUGCGAUUUCAUGUAGAUAUACAUAGCAAUGUUCAAUUGCUCAAACACAGGCAAGUCAUCUGAUACAAAAACAAUGUAAAGUAUUGCUUAUUUUGUAGUUAUUUUGUGUGAGUUUUUAAGGAUGCCUUCAGGCUUCCAGACUUUGUGUUAUUUUCUAACAGUACGACUGUGCCUCCUUUUUGUAAGGUUGUUUGUAGGGUCCAAACAUUUUUUCUUCUUCAGAAUAGCAGGUCUUCAAGGAUAUUGGGAAGCAGAGGUCUGGUAGCCUCUAACAGCCUUACUGAGAGGACGUGUGGUAGUCGUGCAACUGGACAUCUACGCAUUCUGUCGUAGUGGAUGUUCCAUUUUGUUCUUUAAAUUUGUGUCCUUUGCAGACUGGUAUUCUUGGGUCUUGUGACCUAAGGAACUGAACUAGUUAAAUGAAAACAACAAAGUUCAGAUUGUCUCCUUUCUGUUGUUUUGGGGCUUUGGUUUUUGGGGGGUUUUUUUGGUUGGUUGGUUUUUGAAAAAGAAAUCUGUAUACACCUGAAAGUGUUUAUUUACACAUCUCUGCCUCUGACAGCUCCUGUGUGAAAACAAGAGAGCCAGAUAACUUUUUGAUGGCGUUAUUUGUCAUCAUGGUGUAAUUAAGUCUUUUCUUAACUGAAGGGUGGGGUUUUUUGUUUGUUUUUCUUUCUUCUAAAGAGCAAUCCUUCAAUAAUGAACUGAUCUGAACUUUGCUCCAUCUUGCCAAAUGAAAUAGUGUUUUGAAGAGGGUAUCUCUUUCUUUGCAUUUUUUAACUAACUUAAAGUUGCGUUGAUUAUUCGAGACAUUUCCCAAAUACGUAUUUUGAAGUGCUUUUAUUUCCAUGACAUUUUGUAACCAGAGUAACUUCACUAUGUGAACACUUUUGUAGUAUGAAAUUAGUUCUUAAGACUUUUGCAUUUUGCUUGAUACUUGUAAUAUUUGUGUACAAGUUAAUGGGAAAUGUGCAUUAAAAGGAACUUUUCUGUACCAUGCCAAUCAUAGUUUUAUACAAUAAAUUCACUCAAAUUUCUUUAAAGGAA